UAGAUUGUUUAUUACAUGUUGUAACAAAUCUGCCACUAGCGUCUGUUUGUCUUCAUGUUUAUAAAAACGUAAGCUCAGUAUCAUUAUGGUCUUAACUUGAACACAGUUACCAUUGCACUAAUUUGCACGCUUAUCACAAGUAUCGCUCGCUGAAAAAAGUGAACUUAAUUGCAUUCUUACUAGAGUUUUUACUCUUUCAAAAAUUAAAUUUCCAAAAUGGAUAGAGCAAACGCGGAUUCGGCAAGUCAUUGUUACCAACGAGAAUGGCUGAAAUAUCCAGUUUUUGCAGUGACCGAAUUGAUAGGCGUAGCGGCAGUUGUGUUUGUGGUUGUCUGGGUCACAAAAUACCAAGAGGGAUUCGCGUGGGAUGGUUCUUACUCUCAGUUCAAUUGGCACCCUGUUCUGAUGAUAAUUGGACUUCUGUUUCUGUUCGGAAACUCGAUCGUCAUCUUCAGGGUACUCAGUUCGGUGAAUAAAUUCGCCGUCAAAUUAGUUCACGCCAGUCUUCACACCACCAGCAUCGUGUGUAUCAUUCUGGCACUAUACGCAGUGAUCAACAAUAAAAACUUCAACAACCAACCACACUUCUUCAGUCUGCACAGCUGGGUGGGGAUCACGACCGUGGCCUUGUUCGCCACCCAAUUCUUCGUGGGUUUCGCUGCAUAUUUGUUCCCACAGUUCCCACAGGACAAAAAAGAAUGGCUGAUGCCCGUUCACAAAUACCUGGGAGCCACAAUUUUCAUAAUGGCCAUAGUGUCCAUAGUAUCUGGAAUCCAAGAGCAGUUUUCGUUCAUCGACACACCCCCUAAAAACCCCUAUGCAUCUCUACCCGCAUAUGGGGCUGUGGGGAACCUAGUCGGCGCCAGUGCAGUUUUGUUUGGUCUUGGAGUUGGCUUGCUUUUAACUAAUUCCGCUUUUGCCAAAAUAGAAAAAGUCCCAUACGUUCGAUUCAGAGAGGAUGAUUACGAAAGCGAGGACCAGUAACUCAGAGAAAAAAUAUACCUUUCUAGUAGUAAAUUUUGGAAUGGAAAACGUAAAAACAUUAUAAAAACAUAACUAAAUGCGAAAAUUUUUCAACUAUUUUUUAAUUUGCUGCAACUCAGUUAUAACUAACCAAUUUUUAAACUUAUGUAAUCAAUUGUAAGUUUCAGUGAAA